CUUUUUAAUUUCACUUCGUCAAAUUGAAAAUCGCGCGAGUUUACCGUAUAAUUCGAAAAUAUCAAAGUAUGCCAAAUACGAAGAGAACUUAAUGUCCGAAUUCAAGUAGCUUUAACAGACUUUUAAUGAGUCAAUUCAUUUCGCUACAAGUUGGACAAUGUGGAAAUCAAAUUGGUUCAGCAUUUUGGCCUUUGGCGUUACACGAGUACGGUAUACAAACAACGAAUACUGGGAUGAAUUUACUUAAGACGCAACGAGGCCACAUUAAAGAUAUGAGCGAUUUGUCUGAUGCUUUUGAUAGUUUCUUUGUUAUACCUGAGAAUAUACGCGAUUUAUGCUUUAAAAGUAUAACUGACUUAAAACGAGCUAAAGUCAGAGCUAGGGCAAUAUUGAUAGAUAUGGAGGAUGGUGUCAUAGGAGGGUUAAGGAGAGGACCUGUGCGUGACUUGUUUGACCAGGCUUCCGUUGUAACAAAUUAUCCAGGCUCUGCGAAUAAUUGGGCUGUAGGUUAUCAUACCUAUGGUACAGAGUAUCAUGAUAAAUUAGAAGAUACUAUCAGACGUAUGGCAGAAAAAUGUUCUAGGUUACAUGGUUUUCUAAUAAUGCAUUCUCUUGGAGGUGGUACUGGUUCUGGAUUAGGAACAGCUGUUCUAAAGCUACUGGCCAACAAUUAUCCUACUGUAGAUAGAGUAGUAUCUUGCGUAUAUCCAAUUGUUAUGCAAGAUGUUGUUACAGCUCCAUAUAAUGUAUUGUUGUCAACUCGAGAGCUUAUAGAUUAUGCAACUUGUGUAUUUCCUAUUGAAAACGAAUCCCUUUUGGAUAUAUGCAAUGCACAAUUGAAAAUAAAAAGUAACACAGAUCAGAUAAACUAUAAUAUCUCGUGUAAACCAUUUCAAGAUAUGAACAGCAUUGUUGCAAAUAUGCUUCUUCAUUUAACAAGUGGAUCUAGGUUCCCUGGCAAUUUAAAUAUGGAUAUGAACGAAAUAGCGACGAAUCUUGUACCGUACCCAAGAUUACAUUACAUAUUUAGCAGCGUUAGUCCAUUAGCAUUAUCAGCGCCGACGAUGUGCAGUAUGCGAGAAACAAAGUACUUAUUAGCUUAUGAUAUUAUUGUAUGAGAUUAUAAAAACAUAAUCUAUAUAUGUUCUUUAAGGCUAAUAGAUGAGAUAUUUACCAAUGCAUGGUCACGAAAUAAUCAAUUGAUUAAAAUAGACCCGCUACGACCAGGUUCUAUGAUUUUAAGCGCUGCACAUAUUGCUAGAGGAAACUGCUCUGUAAACGAUUUAAAACGAAACAUUGAGAGGUAAAUAUCUCGUGUAAUUUGUCGAUAAUUCACUUUUUUAUAUGCACUUGGAAAUCAUUGUAAACGAUUGAAAUCAUUGCAAUAUUAUAUUUGUAUUUG